CUCAGACACGUACUCCGGACACGUCCCUCGCGCAACCGUCUUGUUCCACCACUGCUCUGUACGCCUCCUACACACCUUCUCCAAGCUGCAUGUGGCAGGACAGCAAUAACGCGUAUGGCGCACCUCCCGUACAGGGAGUCCCACUCCAAUUCUACGCGCCGAGUCCUGUGAGCAGUACUUUCUACAGUGGCUCACGCCCAAGUCUCGACGGCAAUGUCGGCGCGCAAGGAUCUAUCAACUCGCAAGGAGUGCCGCCAGGGUACGGCGGCAACAUUCAACCUGUUGGUGGUUGGUGGACGGCGUUUGGAACGGGUGGCUUCGAGGGAGAGCCACCGCUGCUGGAAGAGCUUGGGUUUAACUUUGCUCACAUCCGCGCCAAAACUUUGACCGUCCUGAAUCCGCUCAGUCGCUCCGGCAAGCCGCAGUUCGGCUAUAUCUACGGUGUCGGCCUCAUGGGUUCUGCGUCCAUCUACACGCUUCUCAACCUGAUGUCUGAGAGUGGCAUAGACGCAUAUCGAGUUGUGUCCGUCCUAGGAUACUGCUUAUUACCCAUGGUCGGUGUGUCCGCGUUAAGCGUGAUCCUGACACUUGAGUUAUGUGCUCUCCGUGUUGUCAAUUCUAUGGUGCACCUACGCUGCGUCGGAAUAUUCGUCGCCGUGCUGCGCAUGUCAGACCAGCGUUUCCUCGUAGCAUACCCUGUAGGACUCUUGUAUGGUUGUUUCGCUUUGCUUAGUGUAUUCAAAGUGGGUGGGGCCGGUUCAUCGAGAUAAAUAGGCAUGCCCGUCUACAAUGAAGCCAACAUCUUGAUAUU